GGCAUGGCUGAAAUGACUCAACAACAACAAACAAAAUUCCCCAUAAUAUCAAAAAGGAUUUAAACCUUCAAAAGGAGACCCUCUUCUCAAGUCCCAGAAGAACAUUAUGAGCCUCCAUGAGGAAGACAGGGAGGGAGGGACUCUUUUCCAGUCUCACUGUUGAAUCCCUUUCCUUUCUUCCUUUCAGUUCCAGAAUGGUGGAAGAGGAUCAAUACAUAUUGGGAAUGCAAGAUCAAGUAAGUGUAAGAAAGAUAUUUCCAACGGAAUCUUAUAGUAUUGGGAUAAAUGCAAUUUUUAAUAGUACAGGAUUAUUUCCAGCAGAGAUACCCCUCCCAACAGCAGAUGGCCCAUACCUUCAAAUAUUAGAGCAACCUAAACAGAGGGGGUUUCGUUUCCGUUAUGUGUGUGAAGGCCCAUCCCAUGGAGGACUUCCUGGUGCUUCCAGUGAGAAGAACAAGAAAUCAUAUCCACAAGUUAAAAUUUGCAAUUAUGUGGGGCCAGCAAAAAUUAUUGUCCAGUUGGUCACCAAUGGGAAGCAUGUCCACCUACAUGCUCACAGCCUGGUGGGAAAACACUGUGAGGAUGGAAUCUGCACCGUGACUGCUGGACCCAAGGACAUGGUGGUAGGGUUUGCAAAUCUGGGUAUACUUCACGUGACAAAGAAAAAAGUAUAUGAAACAUUGGAAGCACGGAUGACAGAUGCCUGUAUACGAGGGUAUAAUCCUGGGCUCUUAGUGCAUCCAGAACUCAACUAUUUGCAACCAGAAGGUGGUGGAGAAAGACAACUCACAGACAGGGAAAAGGAACUGAUCCGCCAGGCAGCUGUCCAGCAGACAAAAGAGAUGGAUCUCAGCGUGGUCCGGCUGAUGUUCACAGCCUUCCUUCCAGACAGCACAGGCAGCUUCACCAGAAGACUGGAGCCCGUGGUUUCAGAUGCAAUCUAUGACAGCAAAGCUCCCAAUGCCUCAAACUUGAAGAUCGUCAGAAUGGACAGGACUGCAGGCUGUGUUACUGGAGGGGAGGAGAUUUAUCUUCUUUGUGAUAAGGUUCAGAAAGAUGACAUCCAAAUUCGUUUUUAUGAAGAAGAAGAGAAUGGUGGAUUCUGGGAAGGCUUCGGAGAUUUCUCUCCUACAGAUGUUCACAGACAGUUUGCCAUCGUAUUCAAAACUCCAAAGUAUAAAGAUGUCAACAUUACCAAGCCAGCCUCUGUAUUUGUCCAGCUUCGGCGGAAAUCUGAUCUGGAAACCAGUGAGCCAAAGCCGUUUCUGUACUACCCAGAAAUUAAAGAUAAAGAGGAAGUCCAAAGAAAAAGACAAAAACUCAUGCCUAAUUUUUCGGACAGUUUUGGAGGUGGGAGUGGUGCUGGAGCUGGAGGAGGAGGGAUGUAUGGUGGUGGCGGUGGAGGAGGUGGGAGUGGAAGUGCUGGCCCAGGAUACGGCUUCGCUCCUUAUGGAUUUUCUUAUGCUGGAAUUCCCUUCCAUCCUGGCACAACCAAGUCUAAUGCUGGGAUGAAGCAUGGAACUCCAGACUCCCCUUCAGAGCAAGGCUACGGACACUGUGACGAGAGUGAUGACAGGGGCUCUGCAGAACUUUCUGGGAAAAUACUAAAAACCACAGAGCAAGACGAUAAGUCCAGAGUCACUGGGAGAGAUGAGGUUACUUUGACGUGCAGGGUAGGAGUAGAAGAGGAAGAUUGUAGGUUACAGGGUGACCCUUUCCUAGAGAAGGCCAUGCAGCUUGCUAAACGGCAUGCCAGUGCCCUCUUUGACUAUGCAGUGACGGGUGAUGUGAAGGUGUUGCUAGCUGUCCAGCGCCAUCUUACUGCAGUACAGGAUGAUAACGGGGACAAUGUCUUACAUUUAGCAAUCAUCCACCUUCACGCUAAAUUGGUACGGAACCUUCUAGAAGUGAUAUCUGGUUUGCUUUCUGAUGACAUCGUUAACAUGAGAAAUGACCUCUACCAGACACCCUUGCAUUUAGCAGUUAUCACCAGGCAGGAAGGUGUGGUGGAAGACCUGUUGAGGGCUGGAGCUGAUGUGAGCCUUCUGGACCGCCUGGGUAACUCAGCUUUACACUUAGCUGCAAAGGAAGGAGAUGACAAAAUUCUGAACAUAUUACUAAAGCACAAAAAGAUAUCGCCACUGAUUGAUCACCCUAAUGGUGAAGUGAGGAAAGCAUUCUUUGAGCCUGAGGGAUUGGGAAGAGGUUUCCCCCAGACAGUGUCAUUAAUAUGGAACAUUUUCCCUUCUUCCCAACAGGUCUAUGACAUAUUAAAUGGAAAGCCAUACCAAUCAGAGUCAACAUCCAGCGAUUUACUGGCACAGGGAGAUAUGAAACAGCUGGAUGAAGAAGCCAAGUUGCAGCUUUAUAAGUUGUUAGAAAUGCCUGAUCCAGACAAAAACUGGUCGACCCUGGCACAGAAAUUAGGCUUGGGGAUACUGAACAAUGCCUUCCGGCUGAGUCCUGCUCCUUCCAAAACUCUAAUGGACAACUAUGAGGUCUCUGGGGGAACGAUAAGAGAACUGGUAGAUGCCCUGAGACAAAUGGGCUAUACUGAAGCAAUCGAAGUCAUCCAGAAAGCCUUCUCUGCCUCAGUAAACCCAUCUGAAAUCAAAGAGCAGCCUACUCAACAGAUCUAUUCACUCCCUCCAUCACCCUCCUCCAUAAGACAGCAACUAGGUGACAUCUGCAAACUUCAAGACAACGAAAGUGUCUGUGACAGUGGGGUAGAGACCUCCUUCCGUAAACUCAGCUUUACUGAGUCUCUGACCAGCACUGGCGCAUUGAUAACACUCAAUAAAAUGCCUUGUGACUAUGGACAGGAAACAACGAUUGAGGGCAAAGUUUAACAGAAUUGUUGAGGAUUUUACAGCUUGGGGAAAAUGAAAAUACUGAAAUCCCAUUUCACCAUUCAAAGGAAAGGAAGGUCAAAGUUCUCGGAUGAAGUGAACUGGGUUUGAACUAUUCUGGAUUAAAACCAGGAUCAUAAACUUCCUUCUGAUUUCUUAAACUAAUUUUAGUUUGGCUCAUUUACGAGAUAUAUCUAGUAAAGCAGAAUCCGGGGGCCAGGGUUAUGCCUUCUCUAGGGAAAUGGGUCUUACCAAACUUUUUCAACUUUUUCAGCAAGAUGGACUUGAAUUGCUUUCUCUUUUUUGUCCCUGCUGUUUCUAUGCUACAUACCCACUCCCCCUUAAAAGACUUGGGGAGUACCCCCAAAGAUACUCCCUCUAGCUAGUCAUAGUACUCACUAUUCAUUCAAAUUAUAAAGAGAUUUUUUAAAAGUGUUUUGAAGUGGGAGUCAUUCGAUGGACAAUUUUUUAAAAACUUGUUGCUUUUGGUUAUCCCCUUGAUUUAAAAGAAAUAUGUAUAUUUCAGUUACUAUUUAAACAUUGGUCUAAUCAAUACCAAAAAUGGUAUUUUCCACUGUUUCUGCAUUUUACAAUUGUAAAUAAUUUUUUUAGAUUGAAAACUUUAAAGGAGAAA